CCACCCGCCCGGCAGCUCCCGCCGCCGCUUCCUCCGCCUCUGCCGCCUCCGCCACUGACAGGUCCCGCGGCCUCUGGGCGGGGAGCGAGCGAGCGGGCGGGGCCCGGGCCGGACCUGGCCGGGAGCGGGGAGAGCGCCGCCCCGCGCCCCGGGGCUGCAGGAUGAAGGGGCCGAGCCCGAGCGGGGGGCGCCGGGCCCAGGAGGCGGCACCAUGACCGGGGAGAAGAAGAAGAAGAAGCGGCUCAACCGCAGCGUCCUGCUGGCCAAGAAGAUCAUCACCAAGGACGGAGGCGCCGUGAGUCGACAGGGGAUUGGUGAGCCUAGUGUAUACCAUGCCGUGGUGGUGAUCUUCCUUGAAUUCUUUGCUUGGGGCCUGCUCACGACCCCCAUGUUAACGGUAUUGCACCAGACAUUCCCACAGCACACCUUCCUGAUGAAUGGCCUGAUCCACGGAGUCAAGGGUCUGCUGUCUUUCCUCAGUGCCCCUCUCAUUGGUGCCCUCUCAGAUGUCUGGGGCAGAAAGUCAUUCCUCCUUUUGACUGUAUUCUUUACCUGUGCACCCAUUCCCCUGAUGAAGAUCAGCCCAUGGUGGUAUUUUGCAGUCAUUUCCAUGUCAGGUGUCUUUGCAGUCACCUUCUCCGUCAUCUUUGCCUAUGUGGCCGACAUCACCCAGGAACAUGAGCGGAGCACAGCCUAUGGCCUGGUCUCUGCUACCUUUGCUGCCAGUCUGGUGACAAGCCCAGCCAUUGGUGCCUACCUGUCCCGCGCCUAUGGUGACACACUGGUGGUGGUGCUGGCCUCAGGAGUGGCUCUGCUGGACAUUGGCUUCAUCUUACUGGCUGUGCCUGAGUCCCUGCCUGAAGAGAUGCGGCCUGUGUCUUGGGGAGCUCCUAUCUCCUGGGAGCAAGCUGACCCCUUUGCUUCUCUUCGAAAAGUGGGCCAAGACUCCACCGUGCUUCUCAUCUGCAUCACUGUCUUCCUGUCCUAUCUACCAGAAGCCGGCCAGUACUCCAGCUUCUUUCUCUACCUGCGCCAGGUAAUUAGCUUUUCCUCAGAAACAGUAGCCGCCUUCAUUGGUGUGGUGGGGAUUCUGUCCAUCCUGGCUCAGACAGUGGUGCUGGGAAUCCUGAUGCGCUCCAUAGGGAACAAGAACACAAUCCUGCUUGGCCUGGGGUUCCAGAUCCUCCAGCUGGCCUGGUAUGGCUUUGGCUCCCAGCCUUGGAUGAUGUGGGCCGCAGGUGCAGUGGCAGCCAUGUCCAGCAUCACCUUCCCUGCCAUCAGCGCCAUGGUGUCCCGGAAUGCAGACCCUGACCAACAAGGUGUAGUUCAAGGGAUGAUCACCGGCAUCCGGGGACUGUGCAAUGGUCUGGGCCCGGCUCUCUAUGGCUUUGUCUUCUAUCUGUUUCACGUGGAGCUGAAUGAGAUGGUGGCGGUGGAGAGCCUCGAGAAGGCCACCAAGCCUAACAUGGCCAACCCUUCGGAUGAGCGGAGCAUCAUCCCGGGCCCCCCUUUCCUCUUUGGAGCGUGCUCAGUCCUGCUGUCCCUCCUCGUGGCCUUGUUCAUCCCUGAGCACAAUCAUCUCACACUGCGGUCCGGCAGCCACAAGAAACACAGCAAUGGUGCCCAGAGCCACACGCACAGCCCCCAGGCAGGCGGCUUGGAUGGCAAGGAGCCCCUUCUGGUGGACAGCAGUGUAUGAUGGGAAGGGAGAGGCAAGGCACCUCCGCUUCCGUCCGACCCCGCAUCGACGUCCGAGGGCUCGAUGCAGACCGGAUCAAGGGCGGGAGGGGAGGCAGUCACGGACUGUACCACUAAUAGCAAAUGAGAGGACCAAGAAGACUGAGGCCCUCAGAGCCAAAAAAGAUAAACACAGCUACCCACAAACUCAGUCCCAAUGGUGCAAAACUAGGAUUCUAUCAUCCACCCCGGGCUGGAGAAUAGGAAGGAGUUGGGACUACACCGUGUGAAGACAGGGUAGUGUUAACUCACCUGCUUCUGGUGAACUGUGGACUUUGAAAUGGGACCUGCCAAAUACUCCUCCUGCCAGGGAGCAGGAGCGCGGCCGAAUCUCAGGUCCUGGCCCACUCCCCUCCCGGGCUCUGACAGCCACCAGAGGCAUGCGAGGCACCUCUGAUUCUCCCCGGGUUACGUGCUCCCUGCGCUGGCCCACUCUCGGUCUGCUGGUGGAGGGUGGGGGGAGGAUACAGAGGGUCCUGGGACUGCAGUACCCAGAAGGGGAGAUCCCACCCCCACCCCCACAAGCAGGAAAGUAAUCCUGCAACAGCAGGCCCACUGUCAGCUCCAUCCAGGACUGACCCUACCCCGUGGUCCCCCUCUUCCUUGGCACCCAACCAAAUGUGCCUGCCCAGCCCAGGAUACUCUGGGACAGGGAGCUCUUUGCUGAUGGUCUCUUAGAAGGCAAAGAAUUUCCCACACCAUCAUGAGCAGUCCCAGUGUUCCCUACUCUCAUGCCCCCAGAAGCCCAAGAUAGAGAACCCCCUUCAUCAGGCCCCUCUGGCUUGCAGUAGUCGGAGUGCCAAGUUUGUCACGGUUCUAGACUGCUGAAGGAGAAGGGGAAGGCAUGGGGGCCCCGCCGAAGGAGGGGAUGUCCAGGUACACAGAGGUACUGGCAUGUCCUUACUGGUUUGCACCCAUCUAUUGGCCCUGCGCCAGCUCCCCCAGCAGCUGCCGUCCAAAAAGCUCGUGGGUCAUUGGAAUAACUGUGGCUGACUGGGUCCCUGGAAUCCAAAUCCUCCUUCUGGAGAGCAUUCCUGGCACUGGCCCAGUGUUUCUGAGGUCAGUUCUUGGGACUGAAGACUGGCCAGUAACCUGUCAUCCCCACCCCCACCCCAGAGGCCCAGGGAAGGGUAGAGAAGGAAAGGCCAAGCCAUCCCCUUGACUAGUCGCUCAAAAGCAUCAACGGACUGUCAUACACAAGAAUUAGCUCGAAGGUCAAAACGAAGCACCUUUAAGGAAGGUCAGGCUGCCCACAUGGUGCCAGAAAAGCAACCACAAGGCCUGAGAGCAGAUAACCAUCUGAGGGAGCAGGAGUGACCCAUGCUUGACUCUUCUGGUGACAAGAGGGUGGACGAGUUGUCCCUUCUUGCUUCUGACUUGAUUCUUGGUGUCCCUUGUCCAUGAGGGCCUUCCACUUGGCCUGACCUCUCGAUGAGGGGAAAUGCCCCAGAGUUCCCUUCACUUGGAGAGGCCCCUGAUGCAGGGCCAGCCGCCAUUAGUGCUGUGGAGGUCACUUUCAGGUCUGGUGCCAAGAACCCCGAAGCAGCCUGAGACUCCAUCGUCUAGUGAGGCACUGACAGCUUCCUGGGCUUCCCCCCCUCCCGGGAAAGACCCUGCCUUGGCCUGUGUCCCAGGCCUCCCUGGCAUACCCUUGGGUAUUUUGUCUGCCUCAGAGGGGGUCCCAAGUUCUCCCACCAUUCUCAGCCAAGGCUUUAGUUUACAUACAGAAUAGUUAGUGAUCCCAGGCCUCCAUCUCUUGGAUGGUGGAAGGCUCAAGUGGACAUCUAACUGGCCCCUCAGCACAGGUCCAAGAGCCUCCAGAAGCAAAGGAUUCUUGGGGGAGGGGGACCCUGUGUGUUUGGUAGGGGUGGUAGCCAGAGCUGCCUUGCCCUCAGCCUGCCCAUGAGUCUCCUCCCUCAUCCAGGACCCACAAUUCUGGAGCCAGAGCCAUCCAGACAUUGUGGAGAUGAACCCACCUUGGGGGAGGAGGGAGGAUGGGUUUUACAUUUUGCACUUUAGUCUGCAGGGACCCCACAGUCCCGUUUCUCAUUCCUCUUCCCCUUGAAGCUCCAACCCUAGUGACCCAGGUCUCACUUGGGCAACCCCACCAGGGCCAACAGUCGAUCCAUACUUUGGGUAGGAACAUCAGAAAAGCAGAAUCUCACACAUCCUUUCAAAAUAUCACAGAUGACCACUUUUUAAUUUAAUUUUUUUUUUUACACCUUCAACUUAACAGACCAACUUGGGUUAUCAGGCCGGGAGCCCUUAGGUAGCAGAAAAGUCUUCUGUGGUAUCUCACAUUGCCAGGAAUAGAGCUCUGAGCAGGGACCCGAGAAACCACAAGGCAGUGACCAAGCCUCAGGGCCUCAUUUCCAGCAAGCCCCCCCCUCCCUCGCAGGGUCCUACCAGGUUGCUCCCUUUAACCUGCCAUCCCCCCCUCAAAAAAUUAUUUGAAGCAUGUGACAUCCCAGACUUCUUGCCUUCCCCCAGUCCCUAAAAAGCAUUAGUUGCCAGGCCUGCAUGAAGACCCUUGAAGGUCUGAUAGGCCCAUGUGUCCUGGAAGCUGUCUAGAGACCACUAUUUCUGCCAAUCUUAUGUUACACUUUGUAGGGGGUGGAAAGUGUGAACCAGUUUUUUGAAAGGGCGUUUUUCCCCCCAGUGCAGCUUUUUCUGUUCAGAGUGCCACUAUUGGGAUGUUGGCACAUUCCCCAAGUCAAUUCUCCCACAAGGCAGCCCAGGCCAUUUGUCCCAGGAAUGCCCCUAUGGCCACAGUGCCCCCCAGUUUGAGGCCAAAAGGCAGCCCCUUCUUAGUUCACUUCUGGUUUAAGAUGCCCCCCCUCAGGAACCCAGCUGGGGGAGUUGAAGGAGUCCCAGUGGACCUGCUGUUGCUUGAAACAAACAUUGAUGAUGUGAGUUGGCUGUUGGCAGGUAGCCGGGGUUCCAUGGUUUGUCCUGCUUGGUCCCCCUCCCUCCAGAACCCCACCCCUCACCCCAAUGCCCUCCUGUGGCCAACCUUCUGUGUUUUAAUUAAGAAGGGACCAGCCCUUUACUUUGGAAUUGAUGACGUUAACCCCCUGGUGUGUUGUUGAUUUUGUGUUUUUAGCUGAUAACUCAGUACAUUUAGUUGAUUUCAGAUUGUGUUUAGAGACAGGUGCCCCCCUCCUCUGGUUAUUUAUUAAACAGCUGCUUUCUUCUUACAAA